AUGUCUCUCCCUCCAUCCAAACAGCAGAAGGCCCCCUUUGCCAUGAAUUUGCGAAGCCAGUCCAAGUCGAAUGCCCGCGUGACGAAGGGAACCACGUCAAAUGCGUCCACACCCGCAAUGCAGUCGGGUAUUGCAGACGAUGGGGAGACACAGCAGAUGGUAGCUAGUCCCGACGGUGUUGAUCAGCCUCCCAAGAAGCCAGUCAAGGGCAAGCAGCUUCCCAAACAUGAACCAGUUGCUCGCACCAUGCCUCCAGUUAGAGGCAGGCAGUCUGCCAAAGACAAACAGGCCAAGGCUCCAGAGCUCUCUUCGACACCACAGCUCCCCGAAACUCCACAGCGACCAUCCACAGCUGCUCCCGUCAUUCAUAUAACUCCCUCGAAGGUCUCAUCAGCCAAUUCUGACUUCGAAGAAACAGCAAAAAUUGACCAUAUCCAAGCAUCGCUCACGGGGUUCAUGGUGAUGAAUAGAAACACUGUAGAGCUGACUCUCUGGCGCUGGCUACACAAUGGAAUGUCAAAACAGAGCCAGCGUAAACUAGAACAAACAGUACGAAGCUUCGUCAACACAUUUUGCGAAGCUGGUUGGCCUCAGCUGGUGAACAAGACCUUCACCGCUGAAGCGCAACUAUACGAGCCCUUCGUCAAUAUCAUGCAUGCAGUCGAGGACCACUUCAACCAUCUCAUGCCUAAUACGAUCUUUGGCUCAGCAAGGAACGUUCACAAGAUGCAAUUUGCACACGCUGCUCGCUCGGACGAUGGAACAUCUGGUCUACACUCCAGUCCCGAUAUCGCGAUAUUCGAGGAGAAGAAGUGCUCGAGGGGCUGCAACGUAUUGCUCGCUCGUUACUGCCAUGUCCGCAAUGCUUUGGAAAUCAAGCUGCAAUGCAACACGUCAGUCGAGAAUGAUGCAGUCCAGCUUGGCGUGUACGUGCGGCAAAUGCUCAUAGAACAACCCGAUCGACGCUUCGCCGCAUCAUUCGUCUUUACGGAGAGAAAUUUACGUUUAUACGGUUUUGACCGAAGUGGCGUAUGGCACUCGCCAUUCAUUGAUUUCCAUAAACACCCUGACCUACUCGUCCUCGCAAUCCUAUUUCUCCAUUCGAAUGAUCAUGCCAUCGGCAGGAACACUGAAAUCAUGCUGAGCAAGAAGUCGAACAAGACUUCUGCAGUACUCAAAUUAUCGGAAAUGGCCAUUGCUCCCUAUUGUCCCAUGCAAAUCGCUAAACCGACAAAGACCACUAACAACGACACCACGUUUCAUGACAUCGUCGUGAAUGCAGAUCGCUGGAAACGUUCCCGGACCAUCCGAUCGCGUGGAACGACAUGCUGGAUGGGUGAAAUCUGCAAGUCCAAGAAGUUAGGAUGCGUAGUGAAGGAUUACUGGCGAGCUGCCAAUCGAACAUCGGAGGCAACCAUGCUUCUCGCUGCCCACGGUGUGAAUGGCGUUGGAGAGAUGUUUGCAUCCAGGGAGCGGGAAAGGGUCUCAGAUUUCCGGGGACAGGACUUUCUGCAUAAACAAGAUUUCUUCCAAAUCGAGAAUGCUCCUGAAGCAUUGAACCAUGCACCGGACCACGUUCAUUGCUUGCUACUUUUGGAACGUUACGAUGGACCAUUAUCGUGCGCCCCGAACCCUUUACAGUUUCUUAUCGCUUUUCAUGACUGCGUCUGCGGACACCGUGAUCUGUUGUUGGGGCGAGGCAUCCUCCACCGUGACAUCAGCUUCAACAACCUAAUGUAUUACAGUGCUGGCACUUCCGGAAACACUGGCAAGCUCAUCGAUUUGGAUCUGGCCGCAAAUGUGAGGACGCUAUGGAACUCAGGUGUGGCAACCAUUGGUGACUUUCGAACAGGCACUCGCAUAUUCCAAUCCGUCAAAGUCAUGUAUACCGACAAGACAACUUUUGAAACCCUUGGUCCCCACAAUCACCUCGAUGAUCUCGAGUCAUUCUUCUAUGUGCUCGCUUACUACUGUGCAACGCUCGACGGGCCAACCACAGAGGUGCAGCCAAAACCCAUAGAAACAGUUAGACCAUUCGAAGACUGGUUCGCAAGUCCAAAUAUGAAGUCGCUCUGGGUACGCGAGCCCCAUGGUAUUAUCGGGCCCACGACCUACAUGCAACAUAUCUGGAGUGUGGUGUCCUCUCGCAUGGUCGAGUUCUUCACCCCGCAUGUUCAGUUUGCCUACGACGUUGAUUGGGAUCGUCGGUAUAAGAGGCAAUGCGAGGCACCGCCGCCGCCGCAUCUCACUGAGAAGCAGUGCAUGAAAUCAGCAGUGCAGGAUUACCAAACGUUCAUUGGUAUUAUCGAUGACGCAAUUUCCUACCUCAAGGACUUCAACGCCAUCCCUGAGGAUGCGGAGCCAAGUACAUGGUCUGCUACACCAAGCAAUGUCAGACAGGAAGUCGAGGUCAAUAAGAGUCGUGUUCCACGCCCAGCAGCAAGACGAUCCAGACGAUAA